GAAAGUUGCGGCGGCGGUGCCGACCCUCACGCCGCGGCUAGUGAGGGGCGGCCGGCGGCGACGGGUCCCGGGCGGGUCGCUGUGGCCGGCAUGGACGCGGCGGAGGUGGAGUUUCUGGCCGAGAAGGAGCUGGUCACCGUCAUCCCCAACUUCAGCCUAGACAAGAUCUACCUCAUCGGGGGGGAGCUGGGGCCCUUCCACCCGGGCCUACCCGUGCGCGUGCCGCUGUGGCUGGCCAUGACCCUGAAGCAGAGGCAGAAGUGUCGGCUGCUGCCGCCCGAGUGGAUGGACGUGGAGAAGUUGGAGAAGAUCAGGGAGCAUGAACGACAGGAAGAAACCUUCACCCCCAUGCCCAGCCCUUACUACAUGGAACUCACCAAACUCCUGCUGAAUCACGCUUCGGACAAUAUUCCCAAAGCAGACGAGAUCCGGACCCUGGUGAAGGACGUGUGGGACACUCGUAUGGCCAAGCUGCGGGUGUCCGCCGACAGCUUCGUGAGGCAGCAGGAGGCACAUGCCAAGCUGGACAACCUGACCUUGAUGGAGAUCAACACGAGUGGGGCUUUCCUCACGCGAGCGCUCGAUCACAUGUACAAACUGCGCACGAACCUGCAGCCUGCUCAGGGCGCGCCGUCCCAGGACUUCUAGAGAAGGGCCCGGCCCGCGGCGAAGGCUGGUCGCUUGCGCUUGUGCGCCUGCCGGCCGGAGGCUUACCGGAUGCUGUGUGAGCGCGAGACCCGACAGAGGUACUGUGAUCUCCGGGGUUCUAGAUCCCUUUCUGGAUGUACGAAAAGCUGUCAUGAAACAAGGAGUGGUUCAUAACGUU